AUGCGUCAUUGCGUAAUCGAGAAAGAUGGACUGUUGGAGGUAUCAGGUUUUGUGGAUCCAGAUUUGCUAGUGAAAGCCUUAGGCAAGGCAAAAUCAAAAAUGGAACUAAAGUGGCUCCAAUUUGGAAAGUGUUCCACUAAUCUGUUCGGACCAGACCGUCGACAGUUUAUGAUGAUCCAACCCGCGGCGCCACCUCCUCCGGUCAUUACUCCAGCGCCGCCUUCACCACUGCAAGCCACCGGAUUCGGUUAUCCUCCCGGUGCACGGUACCCUUAUCGACAUGACGGACGCCUCUACGGUAGUGAUAUCCAUCCGUAUUAUGAUGGUAAUGAAGGUUGUCAUAUAAUGUAG